UGCCACAGAAAGCUCCAGAUCAACAUGGCCGCGUGCGUCAAGAUGCUCAGCGCCGCGAGACAACUGCACAGAAACCCGGCUCUUGUUUCAAAGGUGAGGUGGACCUGCUGGAACCGAACCUCCACCAAUGACACCGGGGUCCUCCGCUCGCUCCAGCCCUCACGCUUCUACACCAGCACGGGGACCAAACUGGGCUCCACAGCGAUGACAGCUGGCUAUAGGAUGACGGUCAGACCUCACCGCUGGAUGCGGGUCGGUGCCGUCUCCCGUGCCCAAACCGAGGCUUUAACACCGAAACCACGAGUCUACAUGAUCCAGGACAGGAUGUUCGGGAACCGGGCCAGUGGUGCGGGCUUCUCCGGGGAGGAUGGCGCGGACAGUGCGGGCUCUGGGGGAGAGGAGUCAGGCGGAGAUGGAGGAGUACCGUACCCUGGACCUCAGAUGACCGCGCUCACCCCCAUGAUGGUCCCGGAGGUGUUUCCGAAUGUGCCGCUGAUCGCUGUGAGCCGGAACCCGGUGUUUCCCCGAUUCAUCAAGAUCAUAGAGGUGAAGAACAAGGCGUUGAUGGAGCUGCUGAGGAGGAAGGUGCGCCUCGCUCAACCGUACGCCGGAGUCUUCCUGAAAAGAGAUGAUAAUAAUGAGUCAGACGUGGUGGAGUCCCUCGAUGCCGUCUACUCCACAGGGACUUUUGUCCAGAUUCAUGAGAUGCAGGACCUGGGAGACAAGCUGAGGAUGAUUGUCAUGGGACAUCGCAGGAUCCGCAUCACGCGUCAGCUUGAGGUGGAGCCUGAGGAGGUGGAGACAUCUCCCUUGGGGUCAGAGUCUGAACCCGAGUCCCAGCCCAAAUCACCACUGAGACGCAAAUCAAAACGCAACCGCAAAGACCAGCCGGGGACUCUGUCAGAGCAGCUGGGAGACAAGAUUUCAGAGAUAGACCUGAGUCCAGAGCUCCAGUCUCUGCCUUCCUCCGACAUCCUGAUGGUAGAAGUGGACAAUGUGCAACACGAGCAGUUCACCGUCACCGAGGAGGUCAAGGCGCUGACGGCCGAGAUUGUGAAGACCAUCAGGGACAUCAUCGCUCUCAACCCGCUCUACAGAGAGUCAGUCCUUCAGAUGAUGCAGGCUGGUCAGAGAGUGGUGGAUAAUCCCAUCUACCUGAGUGACAUGGGAGCAGCUCUGACGGGAGCAGAGUCACAUGAGCUGCAGGACGUUCUGGAGGAGAUCAAUAUCCCGAAACGUCUCUACAAGGCUCUGUCUCUGCUGAAGAAGGAGUUUGAGCUGAGUAAACUGCAGCAGCGCCUGGGCAGAGAGGUGGAGGAGAAGAUCAAGCAGACGCACAGGAAGUAUCUACUCCAGGAGCAGCUGAAGAUCAUUAAGAAGGAGCUGGGUCUGGAAAAGGAGGACAAAGAAGCCAUCGAAGAGAAGUUUCGAGAGAGACUCAAAGAAAGGACUGUCCCACAGCACAUCAUGGACGUCAUCACUGAGGAGCUCAACAAGCUGUCACUGCUGGACAACCACUCGUCAGAGUUCAAUGUGACCCGUAACUACCUAGACUGGUUGACCAGUAUGCCCUGGGGAACCUACAGCAAGGAGAAUCUGUUACUGGACAGAGCCAAAGAGGUUCUGGAAGAAGAUCAUUAUGGGAUGGAUGAUGUUAAGAAACGCAUAUUGGAGUUCAUUGCAGUGAGUCAGCUGCGCGGCUCCACUCAGGGGAAGAUCCUGUGUUUCUAUGGUCCUCCCGGUGUCGGAAAGACAUCCAUCGCUCGCUCCAUCGCCAGAGCUCUCAACAGAGAGUACUUCAGGUUCAGCGUGGGUGGAAUGACCGAUGUGGCUGAGAUUAAAGGACACAGGAGGACUUAUGUCGGAGCAAUGCCAGGAAAGAUAAUCCAGUGUCUAAAGAAAACCAAGACGGAGAAUCCUCUGGUGCUGAUUGACGAGGUGGAUAAAAUGGGUCGUGGUUACCAGGGAGACCCGUCCUCUGCACUGCUGGAACUUCUGGACCCCGAGCAGAACGCUAACUUCCUCGACCACUACCUGGAUGUUCCUGUAGAUCUGUCAAAGGUGUUGUUCAUCUGCACGGCCAAUGUGACGGACACCAUCCCAGAACCUCUCAGAGACAGGAUGGAGAUGAUCAAUGUGUCUGGAUAUGUGGCUCAGGAGAAACUGGCUAUCGCCGAGCGUUACCUGGUUCCUCAGCUGCGCACUCUGUGUGGACUGACUGAAGAGAAGACCUCCCUCUCGCCUGACGCCCUCAGUCUGCUCAUCAGACAGUACUGCCGAGAGUCUGGAGUCAGGAACCUGCAGAAGCAAAUAGAAAAGGUUUUCCGUAAGGUGGCGUUCAGUAUUGUGAGUGGUGAGACAACCGCGGUGACGGUUACUCCUGACAACCUGCAGGAAUAUGUGGGUAAACCUAUUUUCACAGUGGACCGGAUGUACGAUGUCACACCGCCAGGAGUCGUCAUGGGGCUGGCAUGGACUUCCAUGGGUGGGUCGACGCUGUUCAUUGAGACGUCCGUGCGGCGUCCACCAGGAAAAGACGAGCUUAAAGGAGAGGGGUCACUGGAGGUCACAGGUCAGUUGGGUGAUGUCAUGAAAGAAAGUGCAAAGAUCGCCUCUACCUUUGCCAGAGCUUUCCUGAUGAACCAGGAAUCAGACAACCACUUCCUGGUCAACUCCCACCUGCACCUGCACGUCCCUGAGGGGGCGACUCCUAAGGACGGACCAAGUGCCGGCUGCACAAUCAUCACUGCGCUGUUGUCCCUGGCAACCAAACAGCCGGUGCGUCAGAACUUGGCCAUGACGGGCGAAGUGUCGCUGACGGGCAAAAUACUGCCAGUGGGAGGAAUCAAAGAGAAAACCAUCGCUGCCCGUCGUGGUGGUGUGACCUGCAUCGUCCUGCCCGCUCAGAACAAGAAGGACUUCUCAGACCUGGCCGACUACAUCACCGAGGGCCUGGAGGUCCACUUUGUGGACCACUACAGCCAGAUCUACCCCAUCGCAUUUCCACAGAACCACCGGUCGUAACCCGUGUGUGUUUUUUUAUUUUCCAGCACUGAAACCAAUCCGAGGUGGACCAGGACUUUUUUAGUCAAACUCACUGGUUCUUACUUUAUUGACUCAAAACUGCAGUUUUGGUCCGAGUCCAACUGUGGAGACGUGAGGGGCAGCUGGUUUUGAUGAUUCCUCACCUGAUUUCAGGAGGAGCUGCAGCGUCGUCACUGAUGCCAACUGUGCCAAAUGAUGACGAUGAAGAACUCUGAAAUGACAUCACAGGAUGUGAUGUCUGUCAUGGAUUUCAUAUAUUAUUUUAUAUUAUUAUUAUAGACCAUUAUGUGAUAAAAAUUAUGUUAAAAUAAAUUAAAUGAUAAACACUA